GAAGGCCCCACCUCCCACAACCCCCGCUCGCUCGUGGUCCUCGGGUCAAGCCCCUGACUCCCUAGCUCGAUUAGAGAGCCCCUAACAACGAACAAUAUUCCACCCCCACCAUCCGGAGAGAGAGGAUUAAGUAGAUACCUAUAUAAGGCCACGAGAACCCCAUAACGACGGAACAAAAUGUGGAAUGUCACUAGGUCCAAAAAGUGGGCGCGAGUAAUGGACUAUUUCCUCACCCCCAUUUUAGCUUGAACCUCGAGAAUAUGCAAGCAUUUGUCCCAGACAGGUUAGCAUGGGAUGGCAUCAUCGUAGAGAUGCGACCAAUUUGAGCAAUCUUCAUCCGCCAGCACCAUAGUUCUUUUCAUUGACUCUUCUUAUUUACUUGUGCCCGCCACGAAGAAAAAUUGCCUAACGAUCUUGAACGGCCAUACCGCCAACAUGCUACCUCGCAACGUCAAGAGCCUUGGUCGGCGUGCGUGGAAGGUUGUGCAAGCCAACUGGCAUCUCGGAGUGACUGCUUUUGGCGGUCCGCCCGUCCAUUUUAGAAUUUUCAACGAAAAGUUUGUCCACAAAACAGAAUGGAUCGACGAGCAGGUGUUCCAGGAGUUGUUCAGCAUCUCCCAGUCACUGUCCGGCCCCGCCAGUACCAAGAUGCUGUACUGCAUUAAUUUGAUGCGUGGCGGAGCCAUGUCAGCCGUGUUGAGCUUUCUGCUCUGGAGUCUCCCAGGCGCCAUCGGCAUGUACGCCUUGUCCAUUGGCGUGGCGAGCAUCGAUGAGACCCUCCCAGGCCCCGUCUACGCCCUGCUGUCCGGCCUCAACUCGGCCACCGUGGGUGUGAUUGCGUUAGCCGCGGUGGAACUGUCCCAGAAGGCUAUCACGGACAAGUUGACCCGCCUCGUCGUCUUCUUCACGGCCGCCGCUGGCAUGAUGUACAACGCGCUAUGGUACUUCCCCGUACUGAUGGUCAUCUCCGGACUCGCAACCGUCACCUUCGAUUUCCGCUGGAUCCAUCGCCCACUUGCGAAGCUCGUCGGGGCCGCUAAAAAGUUGCGGCCCGGUCGACAAGCCCGACCCAACGAGACCUCUCCCGAAUCCCGCUCCUCACCUACCCCUGAACCCACUAGCCACGCCAACCCUCCCCCGACGACAACACAACCCACCCCCAUUUCCGACCUCCCCAUCACCGAAACCGAAGCCCACCAGCGGCGGCAGGACACCACCCCUCCCCCCUCCACCACCGAAACUGAACAGCGCAUCAUCCCCGCCUCCCACACGCUCUCCCUGCCCGCCUCCCUAACCUGGAAAACCGGCAGCGCCAUCAUCGCCACCUUCCUCCUCACCUUCAUCGCCGCCAUCACCCUGCGCGGCACCUUGCCCGCCCCGCCCCUCCUCUACCGCCUCUUCGCCAACAUGUUCCUCGCCGGCACCAUCAUCUUCGGCGGCGGGCCCGUCGUCAUCCCCCUGCUGCGCGAGUACGUCGUCGCCGAGGGCUGGGUGGCGCCGCGGGAUUUCUUGAUCGGCCUGGCGCUGAUCCAGGCGUUUCCGGGGCCGAAUUUUAACUUUGCGGUGUUCUUGGGCAGUUUGGCCGCGCUGGGUGGGGGGUAUCACUCGCUGGCUGGGGCGGUGAUUGCGUGGGUGGGGAUCUUUACGCCGGGGCUGGUGCUGGUGCAUGGGACGAUGGGGGUGUGGAGUGCGGUGCGCAGUCGGAGGUGGGUGAAGAGUGUGCUGAGGGGGGUGAACGCUGGGGCGGUUGGGUUGAUAUACACGGCGGUGUAUCGGAUCUUUGGGGUGGGCUAUAUUGAUGAGGGGUUUCAGGCUGGUAGGAGCUUGGGGGAUGAUCCGUGGUGGGUGGUCAUCACGGCUACGAGUUAUGUGGGGGGGAGGUAUUUUGGGGUGAAUGCUCCGUUGGCGAUUCUGCUGGGGGCUGUGAUGGGGUUGGUGAGGUAUGGCGUGGUGUCAGCUUGAUGGUGAGAGAGCUUGGUGUAUGUACGAAGCACGCGUAGCCGUCUUAUGCAGUGACUCGGACGGUCCGAGGUAGGUACGCCCUCCCCCAAGCAAUACUUGGAAUGAAUAAACCUUUCAGGUAACAAUACGCUAACUACCAUAGAUAUCUAAAUACCAUUCAAAAUGGCGCUCAAAUAUUACAACACUUGCCAAGACAAUACCGAGACCAAGACAACGAAGGACGGUCAUGUUGUCUGCUCCCAGUGCGGAGAGUUUUAUAACUCUUAGCGGGCUUCCGAAUGGAACCCACGACACCGGCAGGUUGCAUUUUCAACAACAGCAAC